UUUUAACAAAGGUAAAGAGCAACACAUUUGUGAUAAAUUUAAAAGAGAGGGUGUAAAAAAACAUCAAAACAGAACAAUGAAUGGCACAGAGGCGACUGACGUCAACCGCUCUACCCCCAUCUACGCUAUCGGCACGAGCUUCAUCACGCAAUGGAAAUUACAAAAAUUCAAAGAGCGGACUUGCGUCUCGUCCUCAUCGUAUCCAGAAUGUCAGGGAUAUUUGAUCUCAAACAGCACCAAUGACACUGAUGUAUAUUAUUACAAUACCACUAUUGACGCUGGUCUCAGCGGAGAUGGCACUUUGGAGCCUGUGCUGCCGCCAUUCCCUCUUUGGAUGGCAGUAAUCUUCGCCACAUGUUUGGUGCUAGUUAUUCUUCUGACCGUUAGUGGAAAUGUGCUCGUUCUAUUGGCUUUCCUCGUGGAUCGAACGAUACGACAACCAAGCAACUACUUCAUCGCAUCCCUUGCAGCAACUGACUUACUAAUAGGUACUUUAUCGCUUCCAUUCUACACUGAUUAUGUAUUAAAAGGAUAUUGGCAUCUAGGCCCAUUACUCUGUGAUUUAUGGCUAUCUGUCGAUUACACAGUAUGUCUUGUAUCUCAAUAUACUGUUUUACUAAUAACAGUCGAUAGAUUUUGUAGUGUUAAGAUAGCAGCUCGAUACAGAGCAUGGAGAACGAAGAAUCGCGUCAUAUGGAUGGUUACUGUGACUUGGAUAAUACCAGCUUUACUGUUCUUCACAACCAUUUUUGGUUGGGAACACUUUGUUGGCUAUAGAGAUUUACAGGAAGGUGAAUGCGCCGUUCAAUUUUUAAAAGAUCCUAUAUUUAACACAGCUUUAAUAAUAGGUUAUUAUUGGACUACACUUUUUGUCCUCAUUGUAUUAUAUGCAGGUAUUUUUAAAACUGCGUACGAUAUGCAAAAGAAAAGCGAAGCGAAACAAAGGAAGAUGCAGUCGAUGGUCGCUUUAAGCGCUGGAGUAAUGUCUGGUAUGGCCGGGAGGGCUGCCGGCAUGGCGGGCUUGCCUAAACCUACAAUUUCAAGCGAAGAUCAGGUGAAAGUAUCUGAGUCUGAACAAAAAGAUGCAACAACAAAGGGAUCUUUAGCUGCCCCAUUGCUCAAUUUAGGUGGAUCUUCAGAUUCUAAUUCUAGUCAAAAAUCAUCAGCUCACAAAAGUAGCGCUACUGCUACUGGUACCUCAACUACUGCUGAGUCUGAGGGAGAUAAGAAAGAAGAUCAAGUGGAAGCAGAAAGAUCAAGUAGCCCAGCUUUUGAUUCCGACGAUGAAAGUACAACACAGUGUAAUGUAAAAAAGCGACCAUCAGUAGCAAAUUUGGUGAUGCAAACCGGUGCAAUGCACUUGCUUAAUAAUAUGCGUUUAAAUGGUGGCAUGCUAUUAAACACUGACGUAAAGCAGUCCCCAGUUCUUAAACAUGAUAUUGAUAAACCUAAAACAUCCUUGUCACAAAUCUCAGAAAAAAGCCUCCUUGAUACUGAAAACGUAGAUACAUUUAAAAGUAAUAGACAUAUAUCAGCACCAGUAACCACAUCCUCUGCUAGUGUUAUAUCGCCAGAUUCUUCAGGACUUGCGACGCCAUCUGAAAGAGAGGUAUCAACAACAAUUGCUCAAAGAAUCAUUCCCCCUCCAUCAGACUUCAGAUGCAGCCCAACAGUAUCUGAAAGCCCACCAUCUCAUUCCGAAUCAUCUAGAACUAGAAUUAUUAAAUUAAUAAGAGGCGACGGGAGUAGUUACGAUGUGCUUGUAGGUAUGGAUGGUGCAGAUUUGAGAUACAUGGAUGAAAGUUCAGUAAACGUACCUUCACCUACCAACGAAAGUCCUCCUUCGUCAAUCACCUUCCCCACAGCCACCGAACCAUCAUCUCCACCGAAUCUUUCGGGUAAUGUAACAAACACUUCGUUAUUGCAGGCUGCUCUUAUACGAGCAACAGCUGAAGCUCAAGUAACACAACCCAAAACUAAUGUUUGUCCUUCACCACCUAUAAAAGUUAAUACUGAGGUAAGUUUAACUACAGGAGAACGACCCAAGCCCGUAAUAACCCUCGUAUCUUCAUCUUCCAACAAUAAUGAAAACAUACCCCCCAAAGAAGUCGAAAAUAAAACAGCCCCUACACGAUUAACCCCUGGUGUAAGUAUGGCGAUCGAAAGUAGUGAACUUUCAAGUCCAGCAGUAAGUGGUACCGGUCGUUCUGAUUCCAAGAAGGAAUUCGUUAAAAAUAUAGGCAAAAAAUUAAAAUCUAAACGUUCAAAACGCGACGGUUUAUUUCCAAGCAUCGGAAGACAGAAAUCUAAAUCGGAAAACAGGGCUAGAAAAGCUUUUAGAACCAUAUCGUUUAUUUUAGGAGCUUUCGUCGUCUGCUGGACACCAUAUCACAUACUAGCUCUAGUGGAAGGGUUCUGUACAGACCCACCUUGUAUUAACAAGCAUAUUUAUAUGUUCUCCUACUUUUUGUGUUACGCUAAUAGUCCAAUUAAUCCUUUUUGCUACGCGUUAGCGAAUCAACAAUUCAAGAAGACUUUCACUAGGCUCUUACGUGGUGAUUUUCACAUCACCUAGUCCAUGUAUGUUGGUCACAAAAAUGCGUAAAUGUACGCUGUCAUACAGUGUUCAUAUAAAAUUAU